UUUAGACAAAUAGCAAAUCGAUUUAAUCUAUCUGAUAGCACCAGUCAUGGGGUUAUUAUAAAUUGUUUGCAACAAAUGAAUAUCCUUAAUAGAGUUUUUAUACAAUGGCCAAGCGGUCAAAAGGCAAUAGAAACUGUGGACAAAUUCAAUGCGUUAAGGCAAACUUCUUUUCCAAAUGUUAUUGGAGCUGUUGACGGAUGUCAUAUUGCCAUAUUAGCGCCUUGGGAGAAGAGAAGUGUGAUGCAAAAAUUAGAUAGAAAUAUGUUUUACAACCGUAAACAAGUUCCAUCUGUAUUGCUCCAGGUUUUUAUAAGUUUUUAUAAAUAAAAAAAAAUGCAUUUACCAUAAUAUUGCUUCUCAAUCCAAA